AUGGGAGCGCCGAAGCAGAAGUGGACGGCGGAGGAGGAGGGGGCGCUGAGGGCGGGGGUGGACAAGUACGGCCCGGGCAAGUGGCGCGCCAUCCAGAAAGACCCUGCUCUUGGGCCCUUGCUCACCCACCGCUCUAAUGUUGAUCUGAAGGACAAGUGGCGCAACAUGACAGCAGCAGCCACUGGCGGGGCCGGCAGCAGUGCCAGUGCAGUGGUGCCCGUGCCAAGGGUGCGGGCCCCCAGGGAGCAGCGGGCGGCAGCAGCGGCGGCACGCGCUGAGCUGGCAGCAGUCGUGGCGAUGGAGGAGGAGGAAGACGCCCUAUUGGCCGCCGCUGCUGGCAGCGACGCUGACGUGGCUGCUGACGUGGCUGAUGGCGCUGAUGAUGGUAGCGGGGCUGCUGACGCGGAUUUCGCUGGUGGGGGGAGUUAUGGGGGCGCAGGGGCGGGGGAGAGUGGGUCUAUGGGCGGGGCUGGGGGGGGGGCGGAUGGGGAGGCGGGGGGGGAGGGCGUGGGUGGGGGGAGCGCGAGCAGUGGGCGCACUGGCAGUCGGGGGGGGACGGGGGAGGAGGGGACGUGGGCUGUUGUACCCUCUGCUGUUGCUGGCGCUGCUGCUGGUGCUGCUGGCAUGGGUCUACCUGUCACCAGCAAUGCAAGGUUGGAUGAGGCGAUCAUGAUGGCCGUGGCAUCACUGGAAGGCUCACAGGCAGCGCAUGGGUGCUCCGCUGCUGCUGUUGUGAAGCACAUUGAGGACCACCAUGCAUCACCACCCAAUCUGCGCCGCCUCGUGCCGCAUCGCCUCAGAGCGCUCUCAGAGGAGGGCUGCGUGGUGAAGGUGAAACAGCUCUACUACCUGCCUCGCAACGCACCUCUGGCCCUCCUCUCUCACUCUCACUCGCACGCCCACUCGCACGCCCACAACCAUGACCAAGGGCCAGGGCAAGGCCAUGUGUCAGGGCAAGCACAAGGGCAAGUGCAAGCGCAAGGGCAGGCGCAGGUGCAUUCUCCUGCAUCUGUCCGGAGGGCACGGGGGGACAGCAGGCGGGCUAGCUGGCAUGGGGAGGGGCUGGAUGGGGAGGGUGCGGGGAGAGGGGGGUGGGGGGGAAGUGGCAAGUGGGAGAGUGAGGAGGGGAGGGUGGAGUGGGGAAACCGAGGGAGUGUGAGGAGGAGGGACGGUCGGAGUGGCAGGGUGGGCAGUGGGAGUGCUGCAGAGAGGGCGGGGGAGGGCAGGGCCAGUGGGGCAGCAACAGAGGGAAGGGCGGGUGGGGCUGCUGCUGCAGCAGCAACAGCAGCAGCAGCAGGGGUGGAGCAUCAUUUAGGCAUGCGUUCUACAGCUGCUCUUCACUCCUCUUCCCCCUCUGCCCCCACUGCUGCUGCUGCUGCUGCUGCUGCCGCUGCUCCAGUGGAUCGAAUAGCAGCAGACCUGUCACAGGCCCACCUCUCCCCUCUGCAUAGCACCCACAUGCCAUCUCAUGCCUCUGCUGCCGCCGCCGCCGCCACCGCCGCCGCCGCCGCUGCUGCUGCUGCUGCUGCUGCAAGCACGGGUGGUGCUGCUCCUAGUGCUGCUACCGUGGGCCAUUUCAAGAAACUCCGCUUCCCCACGCAGCAGUCAGCAGAAACAGCAGGAGCCAGCGAAAGAGAACCAGGCGUGCAAGACCAGACCGAAACUGGAAGAGCAGGCGAGCGUGUGGGAGAAGGAGCAAAGGAGGGGAAGGCAGUGGGUGCAGCGCAGAGUGCGUGGUUGCAAGAGCUGGCACGGAAGGCAGCAGAGGCGAUGGCAGAGGCAGAGGCAGCUGUAGCAGAGGCGGAGGCGGCUAUGAGAGAAGCAGAGGCCAUGGAGGCUGAGGCAGAGGCAGCAGAGGCAACAGCGAGAGAGCUUGAGGGCAGGAGGCAAGCUGCUGCCGUCAGCUCAUAG